CUCUGCGCAUGUGCAAAUGAUAACAGAAAAAAUGGAAGCCAGUUGAGAUUCAUCAUGGUACCAGUUUAGGAAGUAUAAUGGCGAGUACUUUUACCGGAGGAUCAGCAAACACAGUAUCUAGACCUCUGGAUCGUAUAUUCGAUGAUGCUCAACACACUGGUGAAGUUAUUCUUUGUGGUCGUAAACUGAAAGAAUAUCCAAAAAUAGCAGGAAAAUAUGAUCUUGUCGACACCGUCUCCAUAGAUCUUUCUAAGAACAGGUUCACGGAAAUUCCCGUAGAAAUAUUUGAGUAUCGUUCAUCAGAAUGUUUAAACUGUUACCACAAUGCUAUUAAGUUUUUUCCUGAAGCCUUGUUACAGCUGCAGAAUCUCACUCACCUUUGUCUCAGUCGGAAUCAGCUGACAGUCAUACCCCCAUUCAUUAAAUGUUUACAAGCUUUAGAAGUGUUUCUUGCCAGUCACAACAAAUUGGUCUCAUUGCCAGAGGAAAUUGGGGAGCUUAAACGGCUUAUGGAAAUUGAUGUCAGCUGCAAUGAAAUAUCUUGCUUGCCAUCUCAGAUAGGGGAUCUCAAAUCCUUGCAGUGUCUAAAUGUUAGACGUAAUCUGUUAAAAGAGUUACCUUUGGAAAUAAGUAAAUUACAUUUACGGAAGUUAGAUUUUUCAAGCAACAAGAUUUCAACUAUACCUACUGCAUUUCGUAAGAUAGAGACAUUAGAAGAGAUGAUACUGGACCACAACCCACUGACCAUGCCCCCAGCCCAUGUGUGUAUCAAAGGUAAACGUCACAUCAUGAAGCUCCUUCAGAUAGAGGCUAUAAAGGAGGAACAGAAGAGAGACAACGAUGCAGAGAUGAAGAAACUGGUCCGCAAGUCCAUGCCUCCUCAAAAUUCUAUACCUACAGAGGAAUUUAUGACAGAUCCUUCACAAGAGAAAUGGAAGAGACACACUGUGUUAAGUAAUGACUCGGGGUACAGCACCACAGAUAGUUUGGACAAGAUUGGUUUUUCUCCUAAUGUGUCGGAGGCAUUAAGCCACUGGCAGCAUGGCGAUUCAUCAGCUUAUAAAGGGGUCGUGGCUAAUGGUCCAGAAAUAGACCCGCCAAGACGAGGGCAUGAAUCUCGCCCUCCUCCAAUAAACACAGCUUACAGUGGACCAAAUACCGAUCAGUUUUCACCUAAGACCCCCACCCCAGGGUAUCCUCCAACUGAACUCUCUCCACCCCCAGGGGAGCUAUCACCUCAGUCACCUUUGACCCCUGUAACUCCUAGAAUGCCAAUUAGCACCAGUGACCAGGCAUUUUCAGAAAAUGAGUUUUCAAGGGAACUUAAUCGCCAGAAAGUAGAAUAUGAACGAAGGAAGAAGACGGCUGAACAGCUAAGAAUUCAGCAGGAAGAAGAAGAGAGAGAAGCAAGGCGAAAAGCUGCCCAGAAAAUUCAGGAGGAGCAGAAAGCUCUGUUAGAGAAGCAGUGGCAGGAGUCAAGGACAAAUGAAGCAGUUAAAGUAGAAGAUAGCAGAAGGCCAGAGAAAAAGCAGGAUGAACCAAAGGCUUCGAUUGCUCGCCCUGAAUCAGAGGCCAACAAAGCGCCAGUGGAUGCCAGACGAUCUGUAGAAAACAAUUACAAGGGUUAUCCAAGCCGACACCCUGCAGAUUUCAACACCCCCACCCCAUAUGGUUACAAACCUCAGUAUAACCAUGGAAAUGUGUCCCCCUACUCCCCUGUUUCUCCAGGAUCACCCCCUGGAUAUUCCUAUGGACAAACAGUUCAUUCUCCCCACAGGAAUGAACACCACGACCCUCACAGGGGCUCUCCAUAUGGGGUUUCCCCAUUUGGUGCAUCUCCUCAAGGGGUUUCACCAAACAGGCCCACAUAUAACCCUCGUGCAUCUGGAAACCCUCCAAGGACUCUAGCACUUGACUCUCAGCAUUAUUCUGGAUAUGUGCAAGAUGCUAGCAUGGGAAAUAGCAGCUCUUCCAUUCACUCCCCUCCUCAUGUUUCUCCACAUUCAGCAAAGACUUCUGUACCUCAUUACGCUGCUCCAUUGCAACGCAACAGCAGAAAUGCAAUGGAUACCUAUAGCAUGAAUUAUAGACAACCAAAUCAAACUACCAACAGUGUGAACAAGGAGGAACCGAAGCCAACAAAUGUUCCGUUACGACGACAGGGUUCCGAUUCAAAUCCGAACCCUACGUCAAAUCCCUCAACGGCCAAACCAUCAGGGGCCAAAACAGGGGCCUCUGGUGCUCAUAGCUCCACAUCGCGAAUCAAAAAACCUGUUAGCAGAGGCAUUCCCGUGUUGCGGAACAAACCGGGCAGUUCUGUAAAUGGAGGAAAUAGUCCUGGAAUUUCCCCGAGCCCAAGUCCGAGGUCUUCCCUGGGAUCUACGGGAACCAACAGUCCCAGUUCCUCGACAUCUUCACUACACAAAAUCGGCGACAAAGGAGGCGGGGCCACUCGACGAACCAAAACAACUGCCACCACGCCCUUAUCUGGGAGGGGUGCAGCAGGUGGGGAGAGAAGCAAUGUCCCUCCUCCUACCCCUGUAAGAAGCAAUUCUAACAGACCAUCUACGGGAUCUUCACAGGAGGAUGGUAAGCCAGGUAAAGGUGGGCGGACAACACCUGGAGAAGAUAAAAGACAGGUGCAGAAGAAUGCUGUCAAUAGUAUGAUAGCCAAGAGGGAUGACAAGAAAACCCCACCUAACCCACCCCUCAGAACAAGUUAUGGAGCAGCAUCUCGCAGAUCUGCAGGUUCAGGGAGUGCAAUGAGAGUGAUUGAUAGUUACAAAGAUGAUGGAAAUUUUACACUACGCCGACAAGAGGAACGCAUGAAGGAAGAGGCAGAGCAGUUAAAUCGCCUCAGAAUGACAAUAGAGAAGAGACUGAAGGUGACGUUGCCGGAUAAUUUGCCGGAGUCCCUGAGGGACGGCGUGUUGUUGUGUCAGUUUGCCAACAACAUCAGGCCCCGCUCUGUCCUCAGUAUCCAUGUACCCUCGCCUGCUGUGCCAAAACUUACAAUGGCAAAAUGCCGGAAGAAUGUUGAGAAUUUUCUAGAAGCAUGUCGAAAAGUUGGAGUAGGGAAGGAGCAGAUCUGUAGUUCACAAGACAUUUUGGAUGAGAGUGGUAUUAUACGUGUGUCUAUAACAAUUGCAGCCUUAGUAGCCAUUUCAACAAAUCCCAAAGCAUCUGCUGUGUAGCCCGACAUAAAAUCCCAGGAUCCCCAAACUUACACUGCACAAGCUGAUAGGAAGUCCG